AUAGUAAGAGUUAUCAUCAUUUAGAACCUAAAUCGUUUUCAGUCAAUAAUUUAUUUUGCGAUGGAGACGCUUCCAAUUUCCGCGGAGAGCUUCAAGGUAGGGUUCAUCGGAGCUGGAAAGAUGGCGGAGAGUAUAGCUCGAGGCGUCGUUGCCUCCGGGAUGCUUCCUCCGAAUCGCAUCUCCACCGCCGUUCACUCGAAUCUGAAUCGCCGUCAAGUCUUCGAGUCCUUUGGCGUCAAUGUCUUCUCCAGUAGCGAAGAAGUUGUUAGAGAAAGCGAUGUUGUGAUCUUCUCUGUGAAACCUCAAGUUGUUAAGAAGGCCAUCACGGAAGUAAGGUCAACGCUCUCUAAGGAUAAGGUUCUUGUUUCCGUUGCUGCGGGGAUCAAGUUGAAAGAUCUUCAGGAAUGGUCUGGUCAAGAUCGAUUCAUAAGGGUGAUGCCUAAUACACCAGCUGCAGUUGGUGAGGCAGCUUCAGUAAUGAGCCUUGGAACAGCGGCAACGGAAGAAGACGGAGCACUUGUGACUAGGUUGUUUGGCUCUGUGGGGAAGAUGUUCAAAGCUGAUGAGAAAAUGUUUGAUGCUGUCACUGGUCUCAGUGGAAGUGGACCAGCGUACAUAUUCUUAGCCAUUGAAGCUUUAGCUGAUGGAGGAGUAGCUGCUGGUUUACCCCGAGAACUUGCUUUGGGUUUAGCUUCACAGACGGUCAGUCAGCUGACCCAUAGGUUCUUGGAGCUGCAACAAUGGUGAGCAAAACCGGGAAGCAUCCGGGUGUGUUGAAAGAUGAUGUUACUUCACCAGGCGGGACUACAAUAGCCGGAGUUCAUGAACUGGAGAAAGGUUCUUUCCGUGCAACACUUAUGAAUGCUGUUGUUGCUGCAGCUAAUCGAAGCCGUGAACUCUCGCAGAGCUAAAUUAUAUAAGAGAGUUAGUUGCAUCUAUUAUUUCACCUCACAGAUUCACCAAAAUAAGAGGUUUUGAUAUUGCUUUGGUAGAUGUGAAAACUAUUUAUCUGGUUCCUAGUUUGGUUCAGAUCUCAGCUACUUUGUUACUAUUCUUAUAUCUAAUAAAAACUUCAUAUGUCUCA